CAAGCCCACUGCCCCCACUAGCCAUUGCCAGCACCCAUACUGAGCCAGCAGCUCGACACCCCUAGCCGUUUCAGGACACACAGCCGUUUUCGACCGACACCGCUCGCCGCCCAAGACAUGGACCAGCUCCCCAAGCUCGCGGCCAACCACGUGCCCCUCAGCCCGGUGGGCUUCCUCCCGCGCGCCAAUGCCGUCUACGGCGCCCGCACCUCCGUCGUCUACGGCCGGGUGCGCUUCACCUGGAGCCAGACCCACGAGCGCUGCCGCCGCCUCGCGUCGUCCCUGCUACGCACCCUCGGCGUGCGCAGGAACGACGUCGUCUCCGUGCUCGCGCCCAACGUGCCGGCCCUCUACGAGAUGCACUUCGCGGUGCCCAUGGCCGGCGCCGUCCUCAACACCGUCAACACCCGCCUCGACGCCGCCGCCGUCGCCGCCAUCCUGCGCCACUCCGAGGCCAAGCUCUUCUUCGUCGACUACGACUACGUGCGCCUCGCCAGCGACGCGCUCCAGCUGCUCGCUGCUGCCGGCGCGCCCGUCCCGCUCGUCGCCGUCAUCGACGACCUCGACCGCCCCACCGGCGUCCGCCUCGGCGAGCUCGAGUACGAGGCUCUUGUCGCGCAUGGUGACCCCACGGUGGACCUCCCGCAGCUCCAGGACGAGUGGGACGCGGUCACGCUCAACUACACAUCCGGCACCACGUCCGCGCCCAAGGGCGUGGUCUACAGCCACCGCGGCGCCUACCUCAGCACCACCAGCCUGCUCCUGUCCUGGGAGGUGGGCACCGAGCCGGUCUACCUCUGGACGCUCCCCAUGUUCCACUGCAACGGCUGGACCUUCACCUGGGGCAUGGCGGCGCGCGGCGGCGUCAACGUCUGCAUCCGCGAGAACCGCCCCGCCGAGGUCUACCGCGCCAUCGCCCGCUACGGCGUCACCCACAUGUGCUGCGCGCCCGUCGUCUUCAACAUCCUCCUCGAGGGCGGCGACUCCACCGCGCGGCUCGCCAAGCCCGUCCAUGUCCUCACCGGUGGCGCCCCGCCGCCGGCCGCGCUGCUGGAGCGCGUCGAGAAAAUCGGCUUCCACGUCACGCACGCCUACGGGCUCACCGAGGCCACGGGCCCCGCGCUGGCGUGCGAGUGGCGCGCCCAGUGGGACAACCUGCCGAUCUCGGAGCGCGCGCGCCUCAAGGCCCGGCAGGGCGUCAGCGUGCUCUCCCUCGCCGACGCCGACGUCGUCACCGACGACGACGCGAUGGCCAGAGUGCCGCGCGACGGGAAGACGAUGGGCGAGAUCGUGCUCCGCGGGAGCAGCAUCAUGAAGGGGUACCUCAACAACGCGGAGGCGAACGAGAAGGCGUUCAGGGGCGGGUGGUUCAUGACGGGCGACGUCGGCGUGGUGCACCCGGACGGGUACAUCGAGAUCAAGGACAGGUCCAAGGACGUGAUCAUCUCCGGCGGCGAGAACAUCUGCAGCAAGGAGGUGGAGGAGGCCCUGUUCCGUCACCCGGCCGUGGCCGACGCGGCGGUGGUCGCCAUGCCGCACGCGCACUGGGGCGAGACGCCGUGCGCGUUCGUGGUGGCGAGGGACAAGGCGGCCGGGGUCUGCGAGGACGACGUGAUGGCCUUCUGCCGGAAGCACAUGUCGCGCUUCAUGGUGCCCAAGAAGGUGGUCGUGUGGGACGUCCUCCCGAGGAACGCGCUCGGCAAGGUCGAGAAGGUGAAGCUACGAGAAGCGGCCCGGAAGCUGGUGCCGACCGUGGCAGUGGCGCCGUCGGCACAGAAGACGAAGGGGAAGGCGACGAAGACGGUCGGCGGCGGGCGCCGGGACGAGCACCCGGUGGAGCAAGUCAUGGCCAUGUCAAGGCUAUAGGGCAUGCAGAGCGCCAUCGCCAACAACAAGCACACGUACGUUCCUACGUGCAUUUCUUCGUGUUGUCGUACGGUUUCAAACCAUGGUGGUCAGGUAAUUAAGCGGUCUACGUGUUGGUAAAAAGUACUUAGGAGCUUGGCACCAUGCAUGCAUAUGCAUUGCAUGCGUGCCAACGUUUGCAGAAAUAAGCACGGUGUGCGGUUAAUUAGUGCAGUGGCACCAAACUGUUCUUUGCCCUGUUUUUCUCUUCUGUUUCUGGCGAUCAAUUGGAGCUUUUAUAUAUGUAAUAAUAGCUGUAUACAAUGUAAAUAUCCCGUGUGGAAAUGUGAAGGAAA